AUGAGCGACACGCUAGAAGCGGUCUUUUACCCGCGGUACUGCUUCCACCUGGCACCGACUGCAAAUGCAUGGUGCUUCCUCCGGACCAGGGACCUGUUCACGCUGCAACAACGAGAUGGCUUUGAGGGCGAAGGUUUGUAUUUCCACCGCAAUCUCCCGAUCAAAUGGGUCCGCAUUGUCGGCGUCGUUGUCGCGAUUGACGAAUUCGGCACCUUCCGAGCAUUUACAAUCGACGACAGCAGCGGCGCCUGCAUCGAAGCCGUGAUAUCCCUCACCGCCCCGGCGCCAGCCUCGGAUGUCGCGACCACAUCAGCUCCUCUCGGCCCGUUCGGGCAACCCGCCACGCCGUACGACCACAUCGAUGUCGGCUCCGUCGUAGACGUCAAGGGUGCCCUGACGACGUUUCGCGACGCGAAGCAGCUCAAGGUGGAAAGGAUGACUGUCUUGCGCGGCACGGCCGAGGAGAUGAGGCUCUGGGUCAAGAGGAGCGCCUUUGGGAGGGACGUGCUGGAGAAGCCGUGGGCCCUGCCCGAGAAGACGGUUCGCAAGUGCCGCAAGGAGGCGGAACGAUCCGAGGCCGAGGCCGAGCGCAAGAGAGAGCGGUUCAAGGCCGCUUCGGCGCGCAAGACGGGCAAUGCGUAUGAGGCGCAGAAGAGGCAAGGUGCUGCUGGGGACAAAAAGGAGCGGCCCAGCAGGUCACGAAAUGAUGCCCAAGAAUUCAUCGAAGUUCUGGCAAGCUCCAAGGGCAAGUUCAACGCUCUAGGGCUAUAA